CAACUACUUGUGGUGCACGCCACGUCAACGCGCAUGAUGAUGCACCCGCUCUCGCUCUCCUGUGUGUUUCUUAUACAACAAGGGACAUUCGCGCUGCGAGUUGCCUACCCUCCUGUUUCCGAAGAGAAAGAGCAUGGAGCUGGCGUUGCAGCUGCAGAAGAUGCAGUUUCUGAAUCACUGGGAGGUGCAUCAUCGAUAUCAUUGGGAGCAGGGCCACAGGAAGUGGCACCAGGAACUCCUCUUUCACAAACAUUUCCACCUGAUCAUCACGAACAAGACCUCCAAAAAGAACGUGAAGAAGAGAAUGAGCAUGAUCUUCAACACUCAGCUCCAGUUCCAGAGCCAUCUUCAGCCUCAGCUGGUGCGGCGGGCGCGAGAUUCCUAUUAAGACAAGUACCGCAUCGCCCGCGUCCCGGUCCCGAACACGCAGCUCAGGGUCAUGCAUGGGAUACCGUGAGCAGUAAUCCGACCUUUUUCAGUGACCCUGGCUCAUCUACUGCUGGUGACAACUUGACUUAAGAAUUGGGCCCUUGUUUUUCUUUAGAAAUUGAUGUUCAAUAGGUCUAGGUUCUGUUUCUGCCUCAAAGAUCAAGAUGUUCUUGUGUAAUAUAAAUAUUAAAUAAAGAUUUAUUGCUGAGCAAUAAAGUAGGUCUUCAUCUUUUGUCCAUCUCCUAGUAGUAUGUCUAUUUCUGCUGAACUCUAUCUUCAACGCACGACUUGCUCUAAUUCGCAUCCACAGCUGCUGACAACUCAUCUGCGGAACAGCCGGAAGGGGCUUCUACGUCAAUACUGGCAUCAUCAUCUUCAUCUUCAGGCAGCGUGGCUCCUUUGGGUGGGGAAUCUGCAAGUGCUUCUGCCAUGAGCCCUGGAGGCUCGACCACUGUGCCUGUUGUAGGGGAAGGGGAAGCUGCUCCUGUACAAAUGCAAAUAUGCGGGUUGGACGAAGAUGAAAAAAACGAACAUGAUCAAGGCAUCUCUGACGAAGAAAAAGAGGAUAUCAUCAACAACGUACUCGUGCCCAAAUUCAAAGAGCUGUUCAGAGCAACACCUUCGCAACUUUUUUCUUCCUUAGCGGAUUUGGAGAGAGAAAGAGAUCGACGUCAGAAGGACUUAGAGAAAAGUGGUCAACGCCUCGUAGUUCGCAACACGUUUCUGGAACUGAUCCCAUCUCUCGAUGAGAGCGAAGAAGAUGGUGAAGAAGAAGACGGAGCUGCAGUAGAUGUUGGAGAUGAGCAAGGUCAACAAGGUCAAGGUGCCCAUGAUAUCGUCAUGCCAAAAGACAAGCACAAGCUCUUCCAGCCAAAGACGAGAUCGCUGAGUGUAGGACAUAGUCCACGAAGACGAGCAGGGCAAGCAAAAGAAGCAGCAGCUAGUAAGAAAUUACUGCACAAGAAUAGAAGAGUAGAUCAUUUUCAAAGCGAGGUGGGGCAGCAAGAACAUCUUCAUCAGCAAGAGGAUGCUGAGCCGUGCGAUAAAAGUGGUAUCUGGACACCCGAGCCUGAAGACGAUGAGACGAUUCGAAAAUUCUCACCAGAGGCAAUGUCCUGGUCUACGCAGCCACCUAGACCAGCUGAUGCUGUUGACGUCGAAGAAGCUUCACAAGUAGAGCAACAUCAGGGAGAAACACAAUCACUGGAAGGUCAGCCUGGUGAUUCUCCUGCUCGUGUGCAUACCUCGGCCUACUUUAACGCGUUGAAGUGUCAAAAUCUUCUGACAGAAUUGUUUGUCCACCACGAAAAUGAUGAGGACCACGAGGAACGACAUGAUGAUGACCGUGACGCACGUGGACGUGGAGAAGUGACUAGCGAACAUAGUACUAGUCCUAGAGUAAAAGGAGACGAAGAGAAAGAUCAAGUAGUUGUACAAGGUGAUGCUGGGAAUACCAUCAAUACUUCUACUCGAGGGUCCUCUAGCGGGAGUAAAGAAGCAGCUCAUCAUCCUCAGCAUCAAGGUGCCACGUUGCUGGAGAAAACACGAAGUAGCAAUGUUCUUGCUGGAGAAAAACAACUACUCCCGCUUAACUACGGGAGUCCUCCUUUGUGGGUACUAGAUUCUGAUGGGGCGGUCACGCCUUCACAGGUGACACCUCCACCAGGGGCCUGGAACUUGGGUUGUUAUCCCUAUCCCUACAACUACAUGCCACAGACACAGCACGUCGAUAUGCGCCAAGAUCAGUAUCAGUGGACAGCAAUGCAUAUGAGUUCUUGCUAUGAUUAUAUCGCUUCCCUUAGUAGUACUAGUGCUCCUAGUAGUGGAACUGGAGCUGCAGCUGGAGGUGCUGCAGCAUCUUCGAGUGGAGGAGCUGCAAUAGGACAAGAAGGAACUCCUUUUCCUGAAGCAGGUACAAGUGCUGGAUCUGCAGCACUUGGAGGAUUUCCUUUCCCUGUGCUGAUGCAGUAUCAUGCAAAUGCAUCAUCUGCUACGGCUGCAGCUAUGAGCUACUAUUAUUCUGCUUGUUGUUGUUCUCCUGCAGCACCUGCACAGCCACAGGGUCCCCAACAAGGCUGCAAUGUUCAACAAGACGCGGACCAAGAAGGUGGACAACAUCAGGCCCAACCAUCAACGUCAUCAGGUAGAUCAUCAACGAAAGUAUGUGGUCCUGAAGAACUACAUCCACAAUACAUCACGGGCACUUCUAUGAUUACACGACCACGACCAGCUCCUGUGAGAGGGAGUUCUGAUACGCGACCGCGAGCCACGCGCUGGCUGGGUCGUAGGGGUCGUGCUCCCAUGUCCUACGCCGACUUGGAGACCAAGCUCUUGGAGCAGGCGAGUCGUGAAUCCAAAAAAAAAAGAGGAGCUAUGUGGCUUGCUCUCACAGAGGUGCGCUCUCGCGUACUUCGAGGUGAAGGGGAUAGUACCUACUGUACUAAGGGCAGAAGUGCUGCUGGUCCUCAAGAAGGUCAACAAGAUCACGAGAACAAAGCUAUGGGACUUGGAGAUGGAGUGCAUUCUUCAUCAGAUCACGUAGUAGACCAUUUGGUGGAUACCAGAGGAAUCUUCGAUGAUCCCCUGGAUGUCAAGGGAAGAACUAACAAAGAAAAACGAAAGCAGCAAAGAAGCACGCUGCUGGGCAUGAGCCAAAAUCAACGGCAGAGGACUCAAGAAAUUCUGAAACAACAGAAGCUUCUUCGUGAAUAUGAAGCACCAGGAUUCUCUGUUACGGCGGGUGCUGCGGGCUUGAUGUAGAGAUAAAGCUUAUACUACUACUACUUAGAAGAUAAAGAUAUUAAGUUGACUCAGUCUGAGCAGAAGGUACUAUAUGAUAGCUAUUUUCUAAGUCAGGAGCAGGAGGUAUACUGUUGAUAGCUAUUUUGAAUGAAGAGUCAGGGUCAGCUCAAGAAGUGCAUCGGAUCCUUCGGAUGUUGUAUCAGUAUCAGAACUCCCCUAUCUGAAAAAUAAAUGCGAAAGUAGUCUUGUUCAGCCACAUCUUGUAUGUAGUUAUAGUAGAGUAGUCCAAAUCAAAUCCUGCAUACACUCUCUCGCUUCUAAUUCCUACGAUGACGACCUCAAUAGCCAAAUGGAUAUCUUCGAUGACGGUGCUUCGGUUAUCUCAGGAGUGUCUUCCAAAAGGAAAGCUAAUGGUGAUGGCCCUUCCACGACCAAGUGUUGCCGAGCUCCAACGACUUUGUUUAUACCGUAUCUUCCACCGCAUAUGAAUCAGCUGAAUUUUGCGCAAUUCUUGAGCGACAUGAUCACCCCACACUUCAGUAUGGUCUACAUUCCGACCUUCAGAUCAGGCGUCGACGACGACAAGAUGCCAAGUUAUGAUGAUCAUGUGAAGUACAAGUACUGUCAUUGUCAAGUACUCUUGGAGGUGAUGUACUAGUAAUCUCUAAAAAUACGAAUUCUCGUCUCUCUCUAUAUAUUAAGACUAUAGAAUAUGGUGCGUGAUGAAUUAUCCCUCCACAAGAAGGACAAGGACAACUAACAAGUAGAAUUAUAAGUUAGAGACCGAAAAGGAACAACAACAAGAAGAGUGAAUCGUGUAAGACGUAGAUGAGUUACAACUACCACGUCUAGGAUAGAAAAUAUAAUAGCGUACCUAAGACCAAGUCCCUCUUGAUGCCCACCUUCCCACGAGACCUGACCCCUUCAUCGUAAAGGCGGGGUGAAGACGGAUCGCGACAUCAAACCCUGGUACUACGAUUACAGCCCGCCUGCAGAAUACGAAGAUGAAGAUGGCCAAUCCAUUCGGUCAGGCGCAGAAGGUAUACUCUUGAUAGCUAUUUUCUAAGAAGGUAUACUCUUGAUAGCGAGUUGUUGUAGCUUAGGGCUAUCGUAGAGCUGAUCUAUCGCCCCACUGCUCCAGCGCCGAUUCUCUGCAUCAAGGAUAUUGAAACUGGGAAGGUCCUUCCCGUAGGUUGCUGCAGUACAGUAGUCACCUGUCUUGUCUACUUCGGUGGAUGAGGUGGUAGUGGCUGCUGAUCAAUUCCUAACCGUCACGGUUCGACCUGUACUGCUAGCCUCUUGGCCUCGGCCUCGCUCUCUAUCAGAACUAGUCUCUCCGGGUGCUUCGGGCAGCACACCUAUCAGAGACGCACACAUGACAUGAGCUGAUCUAUCGUUACCUCAAGUUGACCGUGCUAUAAGAAUUAUACCAUAGGUGGCCUCGUUCAAAAUACAUCUUCCUUUCAAACAAUUACAACAGGUGUCUCGUCUCAUCAUGUAUGGGAGCCGCGUAAGUGGCAUAAGGGAUACGCGUUUGUCAACUUCCUAACUCAUGCGGACUACCUCCAUGCCCUAAAGCUGCUGCGAAAUGAUUGGUCGUUUUUCUUAUGAGAAGUUAUCAUUAUUUUGAUCUUGAGCUUCAAUUGAACACCAGACUCUUUUCCUCUGCACUCAGUCCCUCUAUUCCCUUCGCCAUUUGAAGCACUGUUCUCUACUCUGCUUCGAAGCUUAUAUUUCCGUUCGGCCUUCCAUCACUUAUUGUUCCCUUUAUUAUCCCUACAACAUCAUCUUCUCAUGCUCAUCUUCUAAAUUUCGGCGUUACAUUUCCAGCGCGCCUUCAGACCAGCUCAGACAGGACCGCGACUCUAUCCGGAAAUUUGCUGAAAAACCGGUAUCGAAUGCCUAAAGCGGCAAGCGAACAAGUUAAGGUAAGUACACUGCUACUUAUUAUAUAGAGGACACAUCCUUUCCCUGCUUUGGCUACUCCUAAUUGAAAUAACACGUAUGGAACUGGAAAUGGGCGAAUAAAGCUGCGGUCUUGUUGAAUUAUCUCCACGACCCUAGGUUAAAAAGAAAAGUGAUAGAUACUAACAAAUGCCAACUCUUCUAACCCUUGCCUCGGAAUAUAGUAUGUAUAUGUAAAAAAAGUAUCUUCUUGUUCUAACGCUUGCAUUGGAAUGUAUGCGUCCAAUCAUCGCAUGCAAAGACUGCGACACAUGGCAGUCUCCGGGACUGGCCAUAGCUUCGCGGAAUAUUGGGGCGAGCCGAUUUUCUUUCUGCCAGAUGGGACACAGAUAGACGGCGACCUGAUCUCCCAAGCCUUAUCAACGUGUCGCACAACUAUCAUCCAAGAAGGACCUCUGAUCUUGAAUAACAUGCCAGAAGGUGACAGAGAAGGACAUCAAGCCCUUUGUUCUGGACAAGAGGAGCAUGGGUAUCAACAUUGGACCCAAGAUCGAUCGGGGAAGCAUUGCUAUGACUACUACCCGCAUCCACAACGAGCACAUGCACAAGAAGGACACCUACAAGGAGAAGGAGGACAACAAGGAGAAGGACAACUACAAGGAGAAGAAGGACAACUACAAGGAGAAGGAGGACAACAAGGAGAAGGACAAGCAGUACGACAACGUCAAGGACCAGGAGGACAAGGACCACAAGGUAUAGCCGCGCCAGUUCUACGAGAACUACCACAUCUUCGCAAUAUUAAAGGAAUUAGAAAGGAGGUUGACGAGAUAGUUCGGCAAAAUUUUACAAAUUUCACCUCUGGUGCUGAUCUAGGAGUUCUGGCUACUGGCACGGAGACCUGGACGCCAUCGUCAGAUUCCUCGUCGUCUCCAGGUCAUAGAAAGUUUUUACCCGCAACAACAGGUGGACGAGGACAACAACACGUGGAAGGAGACCGACCCGAAGAAGGAGGGCAUUUCCAUCCGACGAAGAAGUUAUCAGACCUUGAGGUCCCAUCGGGUGUAGAUGUUCGUGGACGAAAAGGCCGCCAACUACGUUAUUGGUCCAAAAGGUCUUCUGCCGUUUCCCCAAAGAGCACCGGAGGGGAGGAUCAUCAUGCUGAUUGCGUCAUGCUGUCGUGAUUCUUGCACGUAGUGCAUCUAAUAUACUUCCAGAUUAGAAGCUGCUUCCAUCCGGGUUCUAUGAUAGAAACAUGUCGCGAACCCGAGUGUGUGCUCCUGCAGCAACAUCUCCUACGAUAUCAAUCAGUAGCCAUGAUUCAUACACGUGCACGAAAAUGUCAUCAACGUCUUGGCUGAGGAGGAGAACAUUUCCAUUCCGUCUACUUCUCACAGGUUUUGAUUUUGAAUAUUUUGAGAAUAUUAGAAAUAUCUGAAAUAAAUAUUUAUGUUCAAGUUGCUUGAUGGUCAUGGUGCUGAUGCUGUGCCGUUGCGAAUUUCUACAUCUAUCAAUCUAAUUAUGAUCUCUACUAGCGCUCAAGGCCGAUAGAACUUGUAAGGUCGUGCAUAUAUUUUUUGAGCUUAUGCUCCUUUUUUACGCAUGAGGUAAGGCGUUCCUGGCGAUCUUCAUUAUUACACGUCGCCCCUGAAUCUGAUAGAGUUCUUCAAGAUUUAGAUUUGCGACUAUGCUAACGCUUCUUCUCUUCUGGAUUGACUAUUCUUUCUAGCUGAAUAUUGACUCUCACGACGAGCAUAUUGAGUAAUCUACUUCGAAGUGUGUGGCGUGAUCAGAGUCAGACAUAUGGUUUCUGUGGUUUGCAACUUGAGAAAAAUGCCCUUUAAUUUUGCUUUGACUUUCAUCAGCCAGGCUCAUGCAUACUGCUUAAUAGGCUUAAAAGACUUACACAUAUUUGUUGAAAAUGUUCCUCAGACGCACCAUGAUGACCAUGCAGUUGUAUUCGAAAAACAUUAUUUCCUUCCCUUUCUCCUGUGUGUCUGAGGACUAGUAACCAACAUUCACGAAAAAUCACUUAAAAAUAAAGCAUCGAUAAUAUUGGAUCUUUCUUCUGCUCUACCGCGCGCCUAGAAUAGGUCGCACUUGUCUGAAUUUAAAUCUCGAGUUUUGGAAAAUCCUAUGACACCGAAGACUCGCUAAGACUGGAGAAAUAGAAGCGGAACUGAACAAGAAUAGCAAUACCAGGUGUAGGUGGCAAGCACUCCUGGUAAUUAUCAUUUUCUUCUACUUCAGGAGUAGCUUGUAUCCGCAUCAGUGAGCAAGAG